CGCCCAAUAUUUUUUACCCCCCACCCACCACCACCUCCACCUCCUCCCUCUCUCUGUCUCUCUCUCUCUCUCUAUAGAACUGAAGAAGAAAAUGAAAUGAACAGAGAGCAAAAGUUGAAAUUAGAUCUUUACCUCUGUAGCUGAAUAUCUCAAAUUCUGUUUCUUUUACUCCCCAGGAGCUGCAUUGAUAGUGUCUGAGAUGGACAGGCGGAGUUGGCCGUGGAAGAAGAAAUCAUCUGACAAGGCUGGGGCUGAGAAAGCAGCUCCUGCCUCAGACUCUGCUGCUGCUGCAACUGGUUCUCAGGGUGAUCAGGGUAAUUACAAAAAGCAAAACUAUGUCCAAAUCUCCGUGGAGUCAUAUUCACAUCUAACUGGGUUGGAGGAUCAAGUGAAGACUUUAGAGGAUCAAGUUAAUGAAUUGAAUGAAAAGCUAUCCGCAGCCGAAAUAGAGGUGACUAAUAAGGACAACAUAGUGAAACAACAUGCUAAAGUUGCUGAAGAAGCUGUCUCAGGUUGGGAAAAGGCUGAGGCAGAAGCUUUAGCGCUGAAAAAUCAUCUAGAAUCUGUCACACUAUUAAAGCUUACUGCUGAAGAUCGAGCUUCUCAUUUUGAUGGUGCUCUUAAAGAGUGCAUGAGGCAGAUACGAAAUUUGAAGGAAGAACACGAACAAAAAUUGCAUGAAGUUGUUCUUACCAAAACGAAGCAGUGGGAUAAAAUAAAGCUUGAACUUGAAGCAAAGAUGAGUAACUUGGACCAAGAACUCCUCAGGUCAGAAGCAGAGAAUGCUGCACUUUCAAGGUCAUUGCAGGAACGUUCUAACAUGCUGAUUAUGAUAAACGAAGAAAAAUCACAAGCAGAGGCAGAGAUUGAAUUAUUGAAGAGCAAUAUGGAAUCGUGUGAAAGAGAAAUAAAUUCCCUAAAAUAUGAACUCCACAUAAUUUCAAAAGAGCUAGAAAUUCGCAAUGAGGAAAAGAAUAUGAGUGUAAGAUCUGCCGAAGUAGCCAACAAGCAGCAUCUGGAAGGAGUGAAGAAAAUAGCUAAGCUGGAAGCAGAGUGCCAAAGAUUGCGUGGUCUUGUUCGGAAGAAGUUGCCAGGUCCUGCAGCACUGGCUCAAAUGAAGUUAGAAGUAGAGAGCUUGGGCCGGGAUUAUGGAGAAACUCGAGUAAGGAGGUCUCCUCUAAGGCCUCCUAGUCCACACCCACCCCAAUUGCCUGACUUUUCCAUUGAUGGUGUACCAAAAUUCCAUAAAGAGAAUGAUUUUCUCACAGACCGUCUUUUGGCAAUGGAAGAAGAAACAAAGAUGUUGAAAGAAGCUUUGGCAAUGCGUACUAGUGAAUUGCAAGCUUCCAGGAAUAUUUGUGCUAAGACAGUCAGCAAGCUUCAAAAUUUAGAAUCACAACUGCGUGCUAAUAAUCAACAAAAAAGUCCAUCAAAAUCUAGUCUUCAGAUCCCCACUGAAGGUUCCCUCAGUCAAAAUGCUAUCAGUCCACCUAGCUUCACCUCCAUGUCUGAAGAUGGAAAUGAUGAUGAAAGAAGUUGUGCUGGUUCUUGGGCUACAACAUCAAUCUCUGAGCUCUCCCAUUUCAAGGGAAAGAACAUCAAGAAAUCCAACAAGGCUGAAAAUGAAAAUCACCUGGAGCUUAUGGAUGACUUCCUGGAGAUGGAGAAAUUGGCAUAUUUAUCAAAUGAUUCAAAUGGAGCCAUCUCUGGUUCAGAUGUUUCAAAUAAUAUGAGAUCUGAAAUUGCAAACCAAGAUACUACAAUGAACCCACAUUUCCAUUCUAAAGAACAGCCUGAGUUGGAUUUGUUAGCAAAUCAUGAGUCUAAUAUGAAAUUGCCAGUACCAGAUCGACAAUCUGAUAUUGAUCCACUGCCCUUGAUGAAACUCCAAAUGCGAAUCUCUAUGUUGUUUGAGUCCAAGGAUGCUGACAUGAAAAAGAUUUUGGAUGACAUCAGAUGUGUUGUGCAGGAAACACAGGAUAGCCUGCAUUUGCACACCGUGGGUUGUGUUUUCAUGGAAAGUCACUGCUCUGAUGCCACUUGUGAUAGGCAGGCUUGUUCUGAGGGGACUGAAGUAACCGAAGAGAAGGAAAUGUGUUUGUCCAAAGAUAGUUCCAUUAAUGAAGAAUUGGUAGCUGCUAUAUCUUGGAUUCAUGACUUUGUAUUGGUUCUGGGGAAUGAAGCUACAGCUGUCCAGGGAACAUCUCCUGAUGGGGAUGUACUGAGCCAAAAAAUUCAGAAGUUCUCUGCCACCUUCGAUAAGGUUAUUAACAGCAAACUAAGUUUGCUUGAUUUUGUUCUUGACCUUUCUCGUGUUUUGAAUAAAGCCAGUGAACUUCACUUUAAUGUCCUGGGUUAUAAGAAUAAUGAAGCAGAAGCCAAUAGUUCUUAUUGCAUAGACAAGGUCGCUUUACCUGAAAAUAAGGUGGUUCGGGACACAUCAGGAGACGCAUAUCCAAAUGGUUGUGCUCACUUUUCUGAUUCCACUUCUGAUCCUGACAUUCCCCAUGAAGGAAGUUUCAUCCCAACCUUCGAAUCAAAUGCUACAUCAGGGCAAUGCUCACUUGAGGAGUUUGAACAGUUGAAAUUAGAAAAAGAUAACAUGGUUUCAGAUCUGGAAAGCACCAAGGCUCAGCUACAGGGAACAGAGCAGCUUCUGGCAGAACUUAAAUCACAAUUGGCAUCUGCUCAAAAGUUGAACAGCUUGGCUGAGACACAGCUGAAAUGUAUGGCCGAGUCAUACAAGUCUCUUGAAACACGUGCAGAGGAGUUGCAAACUGAAGUUAAUCUUUUGCGGGCCAAAACAGAAAAUUUAGAUAAUGAGCUUCAAGAGGAAAGGCGGAACCAUCAGGAUGCUUUGGCCAAAUUCAAGGAUCUUCAAGAGCAAUUGCGAAGGAAUGAGAGUUGCACAGUGGCUGAUGUUGAUGUGACGACUAACCAGCAGGAGAGAGACAUAGCUGCUGCGGCUGAAAAGCUGGCAGAGUGCCAAGAAACCAUAUUUCUUCUUGGCAAGCAAUUGAAAGGUUUGCGUCCUCAAACAGAGCUUAUGGGAUCGCCAUACAAAGAGAGGAAUAAGAAGUCUGAGGACUUUACUGAAGAAGAACCAACUACCAGUGACAUGAACUUUCGUGAUUUUGAUCAGACCGAGAUGGACAAAGCCAUCUCUACCUUUUCACACAGAGUUGGCAAUGAGUCUCCAAUGGAUCUAUACAAUUCUCAUUUCAGCCCCUCUGACACUGAAGCAAAAUCACCAAUCAGUUCAAAGCAUCCAAAACAUCGGCCUACCAAGUCUGGAUCAUCUUUUUUAUCUUCUACAACUCCAGAGAAACAUUCACGUGGGUUUAGCAGAUUCUUUACUUCAAAGGGAAAAAAUGGCUAUUAGGCUUGCAGCUCAAAGGCUUAAUAGCAUCUCUUGGCUGACACUGGUCUGGAUCAUAUUCAACUUGGCCAAUUUGCAAACUGGUUUGAGAUUCAAAGAUGGGUUUUACUUGUACAUGAGAGGGGUCAUCAGCAUUUGAUUUGAGAGACAUUGGUCUACACCCAUACGCGGUAAUCUGCAUUUAGUCACUUAUCCAAAAAAAAAAGAAAAAGAAAAAGAAAAAAGAACUGUAUGUAUUUCAUAAUUUGGAGGCCUCAAUCAUUCAUGCAUCACACAAAUCACAUGGCUCUCAGAGGUUCAAAUCCUGAAACUCACAUGUUGCAUAGCCUUGGAGAGGAUGAUUUGUGAUCAAAUUGAGGUAGUUUUUUGUAUGAAAUUGUUGUAUAUGAUCUCCAGUCGUUUUCAUUUUGUUUGAGUGAACAUAUGAUACUUAUGUUUUUCCACUUUUUAUAUAAUAUAAAUAUAAAUAUUAUUUUA